UAAAAAUACAAACUUCAGGAACAAAAUAAAGUAGAGAUGGGAGGCUUACUUUAGGUUUUUGGAGCUCAACAGCCUGCUACUUCGGCAGGACAAAUUCGUCUCAAACUUCCGCAGGCUACUUCGGCAGGACAGGUUAAAGGUAUUUCAGAAUUUAUAGCUGUGCAUUAGCACAAUAUAUGCCGGUCUAGCAUCAACAUGAGGAAGAAGGUGGAUGAGCGCAUACGCGCUCUAGUAGAAAAUGGAGUUAAAGACAGACAUCGCUCCAUGUUUGUCAUUAUUGGCGACAAGGGUCGUGAUCAGGUUGUCAAUCUUCACUAUAUGUUAACCAAGGCAACUGUCAAGGCGCGGCCUUCUGUACUAUGGUGUUAUAAGAAAGAGCUUUUCCUCAGCAGUCAUCGGAAAAAGCGUGAUAAGCAGGUAAAGAAGUUGGCGCAGAGAGGAUUUGUGGAUCCGGAAAAAGUGGAUCCCUACUUAUUGUUUAUGACAAGCACAGAAAUUCGCUACUGUCUUUACACAGACACUGAAAAGAUUUUGGGAAACACAUAUGGCAUGUGUGUGCUUCAGGAUUUUGAAGCGUUGACUCCAAACUUGCUGGCACGGACCAUAGAGACAGUUGAAGGGGGUGGUUUGGUAGUGCUGCUUCUGAGUUCUCUUUCCUCCCUGAGUAGUCUCUACACCAUGACUAUGGAUGUCCAUGCAAGAUUCCGGACAGAAUCUCAUGGCGACACAGUAGCACGAUUUAAUGAACGCUUCAUUUUGUCUUUGGCAACUUGCAAAGCAUGCAUAAUUAUGGAUGAUGAACUUAAUAUUUUGCCUGUAUCAUCACACAUGCGUUCCAUUGCAUCAGUAUCAGUGCCAGAGGGUGAUGAUGGCUUAUCAGAGGCUGAGAAAGACCUAAAAGGUUUAAAAGAGCAACUUCGUGAUGAUCUGCCAGUGGGGCCGUUGAUUGGCAAAUGCCUCACAUUGGAUCAGGCCAAAUCUGUGAUUACGUUUCUUGAUUCAAUACUUGAGAAGACAUUGAGAAGCACUGUUGCCUUAACUGCUUCACGUGGACGGGGAAAGUCUGCUGCUUUAGGCCUUGCUAUUUCUGGGGCUAUUGCUGCAGGGUACUCAAAUAUUUUUGUUACAGCACCAAGUCCUGAAAACUUGAAGACAUUAUUCCAGUUUGUUUUCAAGGGUUUUGAUGCAUUAGAAUAUAAGGAGCAUAUACACUAUGACUUGGUACAGAGCACAAAUCCAGCAUUUAAUAAGGCUAUUAUUCGGGUAAAUGUCUACAAGCAGCAUCGACAAACAAUACAGUACAUUCAGCCUCAAGAUUAUCAAAAGCUUUCUCAAGUGGAAUUACUGGUCAUUGAUGAAGCUGCUGCAAUUCCAUUGCCAGUAGUCAAAACUCUACUUGGCCCGUAUCUUGUAUUUCUGUGUUCAACUGUGAAUGGCUAUGAGGGCACUGGACGCUCACUUUCACUGAAGCUUAUUCAACAGUUGCAGGAACAAAGUCAGCAACCAGGGAAUACUGACAAUGGAUCUGUAUCAGGCAGAGUAUUCAGAAAGGUGGACCUGGAUGAGCCUAUAAGAUAUGCUGUGGGUGAUCCUAUUGAAUCUUGGCUUCACAAGUUGCUGUGUUUAGAUGCUGCAAACUAUAUUCCUAAUAUUGACGGGAGACUUCCGCACCCAAGUGAGUGUCAGCUUUACUAUGUCAACCGUGACACCCUUUUUUCAUAUCACAAAGCCAGCGAAAUCUUUUUGCAGCGCAUGAUGGCACUGUAUGUGGCUUCUCAUUAUAAGAAUUCGCCAAAUGAUUUACAGCUAAUGUCAGAUGCUCCUGCACAUCACCUUUUUGUGUUGCUUGGCCCCGUGGACGAGACAGAAAAUCGCUUGCCAGAUAUUCUGUGUGUUAUUCAGGUUUGCUUGGAGGGACAGAUAACAAAAGAUUCAGUGUUAAAGAGUUUGAGUGAUGGUUACCAGCCAUCUGGAGAUCAAAUACCCUGGAAGGUUUCAGAACAAUUUCAGAAUUCAGAUUUCCCAAGUCUUUCAGGCGCUCGAAUUGUUCGAAUAGCUGUUCACCCAAACGUUAUUAGGGCUGGGUAUGGAUCAGUUGCUGUGGAACUCCUUACAAGGUAUUAUGAAGGGCAAUUGACAGUCCUUUCCGAGAUGGAUGAUCAAGAGAUGGAGGAGGAGCAUCAGAAGACAAUACAGGCUGCAGAGAAGGUUUCAUUGAUGGAAGAAAAAAUCAAGCCACGAGCUAAUCUUCCGCCUUUACUUGUUGGUCUUCAUGAACGACGGCCUGAAAAGCUGCAUUACAUUGGAGUUUCUUUUGGGCUUACUCAACACUUGUACAAUUUCUGGAGAAAGCACAAGUUUGUGCCUUUUUAUAUUUGUCAGAUCCCGAAUGCCAUAACUGGGGAACACACUUGUAUGAUGUUGAAGCCUCUGGAAAAUGAUGAAAUUGAAUACAAAGGGAAAGGUCCUGGUGGAUUCUUUGAGCCAUUUCAUCAAGACUUUCGGCAUAGGUUCAUUCGACUUCUGUGCUCUGCUUUUCGGACAUUUUCUCCUGCACUUGCUUUGAGUGUUCUAGAUCCAAAGAUAAGCUUUUCAGAACAAGAUAUACAGGAGGGAAAAUCACCAGAAAAUAUAUCUGGGGGAAAAAUUCUGCUAAGUCCAUAUGACAUGCAGCGCUUGGAAUCCUACACAAACAAUCUUGCAGAUUACCAUCUGAUACUAGAUCUUGUAUCUUGUCUUGCUCAUCUAUAUUUUGAGGAGAAGAUACCAGCUUCAUUGUCCUACAGUCAAGCAGCAAUUUUGCUGUGUAUGGGAUUGCAAAAUCAUGACGUUGACUAUGUGGAGGCAGAGCUGAAGCAGUUGAAAAGACAACAAAUCUUAGCAUUAUUCAGCAAAAUUGUGAGAAAGCUACAUGGGCAAUUGCAUAAAGCUGCUGCUAAAGAGAUCGAAUCUAGCUUACCACGGUUAAAGCAGAUUUCUAUGCAGCCUCACAGUACAUCAGUUGAGGAGGACCUUAAAAAUGCUGCUAAGGAAGUAACAGAUAAAAUGAAUGAGAGUUUGCAAACUAUGUUGAAUCCUGAGGAUCUUCAGCUUUAUGCUAUUGAAGGCAGAGAGGCUGAUUUUGAGGCAGCUUUACAGAACGGUGAUGGAAAAAUAUCCAAGAGUGGUCUGAUUAGUGUGAAGGCAGGAGUCCAGAAGAGAGAUAAAGAGAAAGUCAAAGAAAAAAAGAAACAAGGUAGAAGGGAAGUAAAUGCAAGAGAGUCUUGGACAAAAAAUAAGAAAUCAAGAACGUGAGUAGUAGUGCAACUAGCUUGAUGAUGCUUUACAAAAGUUUUGUUAGAUUUAUAUAUUUUUGAGGUACUGCAAUAUAAUUACUUAUGGUGGUGGUGAAUUUGACAGUAAAACUAUAUAUGCAUACAAAUGUAUUGGGCUCUUUCCAUAGGCAGUGUUAAUUUAUUGCUUUAUGGUAAUGAUCCAGUAGAUUCAAUAUGCAUUACCUUUGCCUCUUAAUUUAAUGACUCCAAAUCAGCAUUAUUUAAUCACAUGCAUUCUUUAUUUGAAGUCUUCAUAAAUAUUCGUCGAAAAUGUUGUUCUUGUGUCAUUCCCUUGUAAAAAGGGUGAGAAUUAAUGUAAAAGAACUACAAGCACAUGACAAUACAUAUUCGGGGUAUGGAUUAUUCGAAGGAAAAUAAAGAAUAUGCAGAUUCCAACUUA